AUGGAGUCGCCUCCUAAACCCAGCAAGGCAGCCGGCAGCUACAACAUUGGAACUCAAGGCUCAUUCAGUAACACAGGAUCAGGCGUUCAAAAUUUCGGAGACGUCACCAACAACAACGGCCCUUCUUCCGGCAACCGUUACAAUUCGACUGGCCAACCCAACAUCAGCAACGUUGUUCACAAAAGUGAUGGCAACGGCCGCGGAAGCACCGUGAAAAAUGGAGCAUGGUGUUCUUCCGGAUGGGUGGAGAUCAAAUCCAUAGCAUUACUAGAGUCAGAUUCCAGUAUAAUGGCUUCGCUGCUGCUCCUAUUAGCACUCUUCACAGCAAAUCUUCGCAUCACAGGUGGCCAAAUAGGUGUUUGCUAUGGCACGCUGGGCAAUGAUCUGCCAUCUGCUCGCGAGGUUGUGGAUCUUUACAAAGCCAACAACAUUAAGCUCAUGAGACUGUACGAUCCCAACCAAGAAGCUCUUGAAGCUCUCAGAGACUCUGGCAUCAACCUCAUGCUCGGCGUCCCAAACACCGACCUUCACCGGCUCGCCACGAACGCCGACGACGCCCGUGAAUGGGUUGAAAACAGCGUUUCCAAAUUCUACCCCUCCGUCAACAUCAAAUACAUCGCCGUCGGAAAUGAAGUGAACCCCGUCGACGGCGCCAACAGACAGUACGCCCCGCACGUCCUUCCGGCGAUCCAAAAUGUGUAUCAAGCCAUAUGUGCGAGAUGCCUUCAUGAGAAGAUCAAGGUCUCAACCUCCAUUGACAUGACCCUCAUAGGAAACUCAUAUCCUCCCUCUCAGGGUAGCUUCCGAGAUGACGUCAGAUCAUACUUCGAUCCUAUCAUAGGCUACUUGGUGUCCGCAAAAGCGCCCUUAUUCGCCAAUAUAUACCCUUACUUCGCCUAUUGUAGGAGCCGGCCAGGCGACAUACCUCUGAAUUAUGCUUUGUUCACUGAACCAAGCGUGUUGGUUCAGGAUGGCUCGAGAGGGUACCAGAAUCUGUUCGAUGCCAUGUUGGAUUCGUUGCAUGCAGCUUUGGAUGGCACGAGGAUUGGACCGGUGAAAGUGGGUGUGUCGGAGAGUGGGUGGCCUUCCGUUGGUGAGGAACAUGCCACUGAGUUGAAUGCUAAGACGUACUUGCAGAAUUUGAUUCCUCAUGUUAACACAGUUACUCCUAUGAGGCCUGAACCUGUGGAGACAUAUCUUUUCGCUGUGUUCGAUGAGAAUAAGAAGGUGGGACAAGAGACAGAGAGACAUUUUGGGCUCCUCUAUCCCAACAAACAGAACAAGUACCCCUUUGGUUUUGGGGCACAAGAGUGCCCAUAA